CUAGACAACGUCUAGCAAAAUUACGUUGCAAAUUACUUCCUUCGGUCAGAGGACGCCAACAUGGCUGCCGCCUGCUUCUGUCGAUAACAUGUCUGUCUCAAUGUUAACUUUCAAACGCUUUGAUUAACGGUUAAACAGAGCGAGUAAUAGUUUUCACCUGUAGCCACAUUUCGACGCCGCCAUGUUCCAGGUAAUCGGCGGGAGGAGCAUCCAGGUGGCCCGGCUCCUCGUACCCAGGAGCGCCGUGCUCGUGGAGGCUGUCCGGGGAAGAAAGUCCCGCACAGACCCGGUGGCCAAGUCUAAAGAGGGGCGAAUCAAAGUUCCUCCCCCGGUCGACCCGGUGGAGAUGGUCGUCCUCAAGGAGAGAUUCACGGAGUACCAGAUGAUGAUGAGGGCGCUUCGGCUGGAGUUUAAGGAGGAGGUGCUUCGGAAGAAGUACGAGGAGGAGACGGGCUCCCUGGCGGAGGAGAGGGCGAGGCAGGAGGCGACGGAGCAUCGCACCCUCAUGGCCUUUAACAACCAGGAGAACCUCCGCAUGCUCAAACUCCGGAUUUUGAGGAUCCAGAAGGAAAAGGAGGAAGCUGAGCGCAAGAAGGUAGAAGCUGCCAUUCAGUGUGAACAAGAGCAGCAAGAAUCCAUCAAAGAAAAAGAGAGGGACAUUUUAAAAUUGCAGGAGGAGGCCAAGAACUUCAUCACAUUGGAGAACUUGGAUCAGCGUAUAGAAGAAGCUCUGGACAAUCCAAAGAAUUACAACUUUGCCAUUGACAAAGAAGGGAGAGUUGUUAAACAGACAAUGCUGCAGUAAAACACCAGACCGACCUGUUAUGUGUCUCAGAAGAUAAAGAAAGACGGAUGAACGUCAUUCAGGACUGGGAUCCGAGUUGGAAGCGCAUUUUCUUCAAAUAAACACAGAAAACAUUUAGCAUGAGAAAACCAAGAAAUAUGAGACUUUUUCAUUAGUAGAUAAUUUGUAGAUUAAAGUGACUGUUGAUGGAAAGCUUCAUUACCUGCCUUUAUUUUUAUUCCUUAUUUGAGUGCUGUAUGUUACCGUAACAUUUCCUGUUAUCAUUACUGUCUUCUCAGGAUAUGUGAUGUAUGUAAAAUAAAUGAAUGUUCACUGGAGUUCCCA